AUGCUCUCGGGACUGGCGGCCAUGGAGCUGAAGGUCUGGGUGGAUGGCAUCCAGCGUGUGGUCUGUGGGGUCUCGGAGCAGACCACCUGCCAGGAAGUGGUCAUUGCACUAGCCCAAGCAAUAGGCCAGACUGGCCGCUUUGUGCUCGUGCAGCGUCUUAGGGAGAAGGAACGGCAGCUGCUGCCACAGGAGUGUCCAGUGGGCGCCCAGGCCACCUGCGGACAAUUUGCCAGCGAUGUCCAGUUUGUCCUGAGGCGGACAGGGCCCAGCCUGGCUGGGAGGCCCUCCUCGGACAGCUGCCUACCUCCAGAGCGCUGUUCAGUCCGUGCCAGCCUCCCCCCAAAACCACGGGUAGCGACAGGCCGUGAGCCCCGCAAAACACAGACCUUCAGCCUGAGGUGCCCCGGGCUGGCCCCCAGCCCCUCACCCCCUGAGCCUACAGCCCCUGUAGCACCCACACCAGGCUGCUGCACAGACCUGCAGGGCCUGGAGCUCAGGGUACAGAGGAAUGCUGAGGAGCUGGGCCACGAGGCCUUCUGGGAGCAGGAGCUGCGGCGUGAGCAAGCUCGGGAGCGAGAGGGGCAGGCACGCCUGCAGGCGCUAAGUGCGGCCACUGCUGAGCAUGCAGCCCGGCUGCAGGCCCUGGACGCCCAGGCCCAUGCCUUGGAGGCUGAGCUGCGGCUGGCUGCAGAGGCCCCUGGUCCCCCCUCACCAACAGCAUCUGCUGCUGAGCGCCUGCGCCAGGACCUGGCUGUCCAGGAGCGGCAGAGUGCAGAGGUGCAGGGCAGCCUGGCCCUGGUGAGCCGGGCUCUGGAGGCUGCCGAGCAUGCCCUGCAGGCCCAGGCUCAGGAGCUCGAGGAGCUGAACCGGGAGCUCCGUCAGUGCAACCUGCAGCAGUUCAUCCAGCAGACGGGGGCUGCACUACCGCCACCCCCACGGCCAGACAGGGCCCCCCUUCUCACACAGGACCUUCUGCCUGCAGCCAGAGAGGAUCCCCUCCCAGGACCCCCCCGAAGUCCUGUUCUCGUGCCCAGCCUGAGCCCUGAAGUUGGUCCCAUGAGGCAGAACUCCUGGAGGUAGCAGCUUCUGCCCCAGGCGGUGAAGACAGAGCCGUGAUGGCAGUGAGACGCGCCAGCCUUGAAGACGGGAGUCAGCAGUUGCAGUGGAUUCCUGCUCCUGUGCAGUGGGAAGCCCUGGCACCCUGGGGUUUCUGCUUGGGGUGUGGGGGUGCUGGGGAGGGUUUCCCUUGUCCUUGCCAAGUCUGCCAAGCUCCAUGGAGAAGCAGGGGGCAUAGCCAGCUCAGAGAUCACCAAGCCCCAGUGGCCACCACUCCUCAUUGGGGACAGGAUGUGCGUGGACAGUGGAUACGUGCUUGCCUGUGGGAGAAGCCCUUCACUGCGUGUGCACACAGUAAGAACACAUGUGUGCCACCUCCCCUACCCCGAUGUUAAAACCUCAAUAAAUUUCCCAAAGUGG